AUGUUGAGAGUUUAUCAAUUAAGAAGAGUUGGACUGUUGAUUCCAAAACUCUCUUCGCUUUCCACAAUUCCUUCAUUCUCUUUUUAUUCUCAUUCUCAUUCUCACUCACAAAUCCACACUUUUUCAUCCACAGAAACGAUCCAUUUUCAAUCACAUUAUUCUCUCACUCUUUCACCAUUUACUUCUCCCAAACAACAAGCUUCAUAUAGUAGUGGCGUUGAAGGUGGUAGGGAAAGAGAAAUAUUGGUGCAACAUUUGUUGGUGAAAGAAGAUGAUCAGAAACUAUUGUUGGAUCUUCAAAAGAGAAUCUCUGCAGGUGAAGAUUUGAAGGAUCUUGCUGUGGACCAUUCAAUUUGCCCUUCUAAAGAUGAAGGAGGAGUGCUUGGGUGGGUGAGAAAGGGACAAAUGGUUCCUGAACUUGAGGAGGCUGUGUUUAAUGCACCUUUAAACAAAGUUGUAAUGUGCAAGACAGAAUUUGGAUGGCACCUGCUGCAGGUUUUAUCUGAAAGGGAAGAGUCUGUAUUUGAAGACAUUCAACCUGAUGAGCUGCAUGUGAAACUUCAAGAUCCCAACUUCUCCGGGAAGGCGCAGUUAAUUGAUAUUCGAGAGCCUCAAGAAGUUGACAAAGCAUCUUUGCCAGGAUUUAAGGUUCUUUCCCUCCUACAAUUUGGAAAAUGGGGGACUGAGAUAAACUCUAAAUUUGAUCUUCAAAAGGAUACCUAUGUUCUGUGUCAUCACGGCAUACGGUCGUUACAGGUUGCCAGGUGGUUGCAGUCAAAGGGGUUCAGGAAAGUAUACAAUAUUUCUGGAGGAAUCCAUGCCUAUGCGGAGCAGGUCAAUCCGUCGGUUCCUACAUACGCGAGAGAAAAUUUUGGUGAGAGGACUCCAUUCAAUAUUUUAGCAGGUCACCCUUUCAAAACUGCCAACUUUUACUUGAGAGGCAAGGCAUCUGAUGGUCGCAAAUAAUGUCGAAGGAAAUAUUAAAUCUAGAGCAAUAAAUAUUGCUAUGAACAUGUGUUUAUUUUGGAUCAUGAAUUGAAGGC